AUGUCCAAACAGCCCCCUAAGGUCUUGAACUCGUUUUCGACGACCCCUCUCCCCGCGCGCGACAAGAAAUGGCACGAACAUGUCACGAUCGACGUCUUCCUGGCCGUCCUGAACCGCACGAUCCUCCAUCCCUUUGUCGCGUGGAUCCUGGUGCUUUGUCUGCGUGCCCAAGUCACGCCCCUCACUGAUACAGCCUUCAUUCUCGCGACCGGGUGGGCGGUGCUGUUGACGCUCCUCGCCGCCGCCCGGAUGAUGAACCAGCGGAUCGCGUACGGGAUCCCGCGUCCUGUGGAUCUGAACGAGGAGGUCGUUGUGGUGACGGGCGGUGCGAGCGGGCUGGGCCGACUGAUCGCCCAGGUAUACGGGAUGCGAGGCGUAAGUGUCGCUGUCUUGGACGUGCGGGAGGCGUUGGAUGUCGAUGAGUUGGCGGGGGUGGAAUAUUAUCGGUGUGAUAUUGGGGAUAGGAAGGAGGUGGAGGCUACAAGGUUGAAAAUCGAAAAGGAUUUAGGAACGCCCACUAUCCUUAUCAAUUGCGCUGCAGCAAGAAUCAACGGCGAACCGCUCCUCUCUCUCCCGGCAGAGGCCUUCCAAAAGACAAUCCAGACAAACCUGCUGUCCGUGUUCCACCUCUGCCAGGUCUUCCUACCUGGCAUGUUAUCUGCUGCAAAUGGCGGCACAAUAGUCACCGUCAGCUCGGUCCUAGGCCAUCUGUCCGCCGCCGGUCUGUCUGAUUACGCCGCGAGCAAAGCAGGUCUGAGCGCACUGCAUCGGACACUGGAAGCUGAGCUACGCACAAUUGCCGAAGACGAUAUGGUCAAGAUGCUGCUCGUCGAGAUUGGACAAAUGUCAACGCCGCUUUUCGACUGGGUCAAAACACCGAACCGUUUCUUCGCGCCCGUUCUCGAACCGGUCCAGGUUGCUCAGGCAAUAGUCAACGCGAUUGAUAGCGGCAAGGGAGGGGUCAUCCGGCUUCCGUUUUUUGCGACAUGGAUCAGCUGGUAUACCGUACUGCCUGCGAGCGUGCAGCUGAUCGCCCGGUAUCUGAGCGGGAUUGAUAAUGCCGUUGUAAACAGAUCGGCGAAAACGCAAGCACCUGCGGGAACAGGGGAACCCAACGAGACAUCGGAGAAAGAGUCGGGAGGUAUAGAUUCUGAUUGA